AUGUCUUCAAAUGUAUAUUCGUGCCCACUUGAUCCAGAAACUCUUACAAGCGUCAAGAUAUACUUGUUCAAAAACGUGAAGAAUGUAGAAGAUAUAAGAAAUAAUGUUAUAAAAGGUGUAUGGAAAUGUGCAGUCAUUAAACCGAGUCUUAUAGUAGACAUUUUCCAGGUCGUAGUAGCGACAAAUAGAGCUGUAUUGUCAAAGAAAUCGAAUAAUAUGGUUACUAAGACUGUAUAUUCUGAGAUACUAUAUAACUUGUCACUUACAAAAAAUAUUACCCAAAGCUUAAGUAAGUUUGGUAUCGAGAAGGACAAUAAUAUACUGGUAUGCUUUUUGGUUGACGAGCAAGAUGAAAGUGAGAGUAUAGUGAAGGAAAUACAGGGUGAAGCUUGUCCCAUCAGUGAGCUGGCGACUUUGAGUAAUAUGAAAGAAAUAAAGAGUGCAUAUAAAUUAAACAACAUCAAAACAGAAAUAGAUUACCUCGAUGUGAUUCGACCUGGGACCACUCGGGCCACGGAGCAAGAUAGAGGGGGAAAUAUAGAGGAAAAGGAUUUGAACUUUGUUCAUACUGAAUAUGGCACUACGUCGGUGGGCGGCGAACAUGCACCCGGAGAUGACACAGGAGACACGGAGCGGAGCUGGAGCAUGGAGCGGGAGGAGCAGGUGGAGUAUCAGAGACGACUACUAUCAUUGGGAGACAGGGCGAGCAUGCGAUCACUUGCAAUAUUUGGCAUGUCGUUAUCGGGUUGA